AUUUCGCAACUUUCGAUAUUUCGUGGAAAGAUUCGAGGCUCACUUUUUUUUUAUUUUUUAUCAUCAUGAAAGUAUAGUAUAUUUAAUAUACCCGUGGCGGUUGAUUUGCAAAAACUUCUCAUCUAAAAAUAAUGUCAAAUUUUUAUUAUUUUGCCAUCGUUGGGCACAAUGACAAUCCAAUUUAUGAAACUGAGUUUUCUCCACUCAUGAGAUUCAGUCACGGUCAUACGAACACAGACACUGGAAGAGAUCAGAUAAAGAAAAGUAAUGAUCCCCAUUUGAACCAAUUUGUAGUUCAUGCAGCCCUUGAUCUUGUUGAUGAAGUUAUGUGGACUACAAACAACAUGUAUUUAAAGGUUGUUGACCGUUUUAAUGAAUGGUUUGUGUCUGCAUUUAUUACUGCUGGCGGUAUGAGAUUUAUGAUCUUGCAUGAUGUGAAGAAUGAAGAUGGAAUUAAAAGUUUCUUUAAUGACGUGUACGAGACAUUUAUUAAGGUAAUGAUGAACCCAUUCUAUAAGCAUAAUACUAAAAUUAAUCUCCCAGUGUUUGACAAGAAAGUGAUAUUGGCUGGACGAAAGCACCUUCUCAACUAGAACAAUCAGAAUACUGUAGAGAUAUUGAAAAAGUGACAUGUAUAUUGUGAAUGAAAACUUUUUUCAUGAUGAGAAUGGAUGUGAAACUGAAAGCAAAAGCAAGCUGUGAGAACUAUGGAGCUGUAAUUAAUACUUUCUGUUAAUGUAGAUGUUUCAGGAGUAAAAUCAUAAAACCUCAAAA